AUGGAUACGAUUGUAAGUGUUGAAUGUAUAGAAACGGCAACGAAAUUACCAGAAAAAGUAGAACAUAUUUUAAAUAACACACGACGAAUUAUUCAAGGGACAGAAGUUACAGAUGGAAAGCCUUAUAUGGUAUAUCUAAAGAUGCCUCGAAGCAACAAGAAACUAGCAAACUAUCGUAAUUGGCUGUGCGGUGGCGUUAUACUCCAUGAGGAAUAUAUCCUGACAUCAGCUGCGUGUAUUCAAGACGCCCAACACUUUUACGUUGUAUCAGGAACGUAUAGGUACUCGGAAGAUGACGAUAGAUUCAGCAGUUCUUGUAUUAAAAAUGGUGCUAAAAAGGCAACGUGGAAAUGUAUACCGAAAAAUUAUGUAUUCGAUGGCCACGAGAACGACAAUAUUAGAUGGAUGAAUAAUGACAUAGCGAUCGUCAAGAUAGAGGAAGGUUUUGACUUUACGAGGCGAGUUCGCGGCUGCGAAUUCACGCCGAGACCCAUCAGCUUCAACAACCAGAGCCAUGCCAUGGAGAAUCCUGGUCUCUUCGGUCAGAUCGCUGGCUGGGGGACAACUUCGAAAUACAAUGACUGGGUGAACCGCAGAACUUACAAUCAGCAGACACUUCUAGAAGCUAAUGUUGAGAUAAUAUCAAAGGCGAGAUGCAAGCGCCGUUGGGGCGCGCGUUAUCACAACAUCAUAGAAAACUACAUGAUAUGCACCAAGGAUAUCGGACAGUCUAUGUCUGAGAUGUGUAAUGAAAAGUACGUCGACUGCGAAGACAUUGAUUAUUCAGAGGAAGAUAUGAGACGUAAAGAUAUUAAUUUAAGAACCGGCAAAGUCCCAGCUAAUUUCACAAUGCACUCCGCUAUGCACAACGAGACUUUAAGCAAUGAUCCUGUGGACAGGAGAGGUUUUGCGAAUGGUAGACUCGAAGGUGGAUUUUGUGAGAACGAUCACGGCGGUCCCUUGGUCUACGGCACAGGUUCUAACGCUAUUGUUAUCGGCGUCAUCUCCGCCUGCCUUGUCAAGGAGAACUCGAACAAAUGCUAUGGCCCCUUCCUUUACACGAGCGUCUUUAAGAACAGGCAGUUCAUAUCUUGCGCCAUCUAUAAGGAAAUCGAUCAGAAAUGCAGACGUCAGUUCAGGUCUGGAGUGACGCACGAAGAGCAAUAUUUCUCAUGGAAAGAUCAUCCUGAUGGACCAGCAAAGAAUGAAUUAACAGAAGAAAUAUCUAACACAGGAACAUCGAAUGUUAAAUUUCAAGACAUAGACGAUAAAGUAUUUCCAAAGAAAGGAUUCAUAAUGAGAUCCGCAAACGAAACGGUUAUAGUCUCUUCGAAUAAAUCUAAUUAA